CCCGGCCAUGGAGUGAGCGCCGCCGCCGCCCGCCGCCCGGCGCCCGAGCUCGCUCCCGCCUGCCGCCCCCGGCCGCGCCCGCGGGCCCGCGCCACCCGGCCGGGCCUGCGACUCCGAGAGACACACCAGAGACGAAUUGAUUGUGGUCGAUUUGGGGGUGACGAGAAGGGAAAAUGGCGAACGAUUCCCCCGCGAAAAGUCUGGUGGACAUAGACCUGUCCUCCCUUCGGGAUCCGGCUGGGAUUUUCGAGCUGGUGGAAGUGGUGGGAAAUGGCACCUAUGGACAAGUCUAUAAGGGUCGUCAUGUUAAAACUGGUCAGCUGGCAGCCAUCAAAGUUAUGGAUGUUACUGAGGAUGAAGAGGAAGAAAUCAAACUGGAGAUAAAUAUGCUGAAGAAAUAUUCUCAUCAUAGAAAUAUUGCAACAUAUUACGGUGCUUUUAUUAAAAAGAGCCCCCCUGGACACGAUGACCAGCUCUGGCUUGUUAUGGAGUUCUGCGGGGCCGGGUCCAUCACAGACCUCGUGAAGAACACCAAGGGCAACACGCUCAAGGAGGACUGGAUUGCCUACAUCUCCCGGGAGAUCCUGAGGGGACUGGCACAUCUCCACAUCCAUCACGUGAUUCACCGGGACAUCAAGGGCCAGAAUGUAUUGCUGACAGAGAACGCAGAGGUGAAACUUGUGGACUUUGGCGUGAGCGCACAGUUGGACAGGACGGUGGGGAGGAGGAACACGUUCAUAGGCACCCCCUACUGGAUGGCCCCCGAGGUCAUUGCCUGUGACGAGAACCCUGAUGCCACCUACGACUACAGGAGUGACUUGUGGUCUUGCGGCAUCACGGCCAUUGAGAUGGCAGAAGGCGCUCCCCCUCUCUGCGACAUGCACCCGAUGAGAGCCCUGUUCCUCAUCCCCAGAAACCCUCCUCCCCGGCUGAAGUCCAAAAAAUGGUCAAAGAAGUUUUUUAGUUUUAUAGAAGGGUGCCUAGUGAAGAAUUACAUGCAGCGGCCUUCCACAGAGCAGCUUUUGAAACAUCCUUUUAUAAGGGAUCAGCCGAACGAAAGGCAAGUUAGAAUCCAGCUUAAGGACCACAUCGACCGGACCAGAAAGAAGAGAGGAGAGAAAGAUGAAACUGAGUAUGAGUACAGCGGGAGUGAGGAAGAGGAGGAGGAAGUGCCUGAGCAGGAGGGAGAGCCGAGCUCCAUCGUCAAUGUCCCCGGGGAGUCGACACUGCGGCGGGACUUCCUGAGGCUGCAGCAGGAGAACAAGGAGCGGUCGGAGGCUCUGAGGCGGCAGCAGCUCCUCCAGGAGCAGCAGCUCCGGGAGCAGGAGGAGUACAAGCGGCAGCUGCUGGCAGAGAGACAGAAGCGGAUCGAGCAGCAGAAGGAGCAGAGGCGGCGGCUGGAGGAGCAACAAAGGAGAGAGCGUGAAGCCAGAAGGCAGCAAGAACGUGAGCAGCGGCGACGCGAGCAGGAGGAGAAGCGGCGUCUGGAGGAACUGGAGAGAAGGCGAAAGGAAGAGGAGGAGAGGAGACGGGCAGAGGAGGAGAAGAGGAGAGUUGAAAGGGAACAGGAGUAUAUCAGGCGGCAGCUGGAAGAGGAGCAGCGGCACUUGGAACUCCUUCAGCAGCAGCUGCUCCAGGAGCAGGCCAUGCUACUGGAGUGCCGCUGGCGGGAGGUGGAGGAGCACCGGCAGGCGGAACGGCUCCAGAGGCAGCUGCAGCAAGAACAAGCCUAUCUCCUGUCUCUACAGCAUGACCACCGGCGGCCGCCCCCGCAGCCCCCGCAGCCCCCGCAGGACAGGAGCAAGCCCAGCCUCCAUGCUGCUGAGCCCAAGGCCCACUACGAGCCUGCCGAGCGGGCCCGGGAGGUGGAAGAUAGAUUUAGGAAAACUAACCACAGCUCCCCCGAAGCCCAGUCUAAGCAGACAGGCAGAGUAUUGGAGCCACCAGUGCCUUCCAGAUCAGAGUCUUUUUCCAACGGCAACUCCGAGGCUGUGCACCCCGCCUUGCAGAGGCCCGCCGAGCCACAGGUACAGUGGUCCCACCUGGCAUCUCUCAAGAACAGUGUUUCCCCUGUCUCGCGAUCCCAUUCCUUCAGUGACCCUUCUCCUCCCAAAUUUGCACACCAUCAUCUUCGCUCUCAGGACCCAUGUCCACCUUCCCGCAGUGAGGUGCCGAGUCAGAGCUCUGACCCUAAGUCGGAGGUACCUGACCCCACCCAAAAGGCUUGGUCUAGAUCAGACAGUGACGAGGUGCCUCCAAGGGUUCCAGUGAGAACAACGUCCCGGUCCCCUGUCCUGUCCCGUCGGGACUCCCCACUGCAGGGCGGUGGGCAGCAGAAUAGCCAAGCAGGUCAGAGGAACUCCACCAGCAGUAUCGAGCCCCGGCUGCUGUGGGAGAGAGUGGAGAAGCUGGUGCCCAGGCCUGGCAGUGGCAGCUCCUCGGGGUCCAGCAACUCAGGAUCCCAGCCUGGGUCCCACCCUGGGUCUCAGAGCGGCUCCGGGGAGCGCUUCAGAGUGAGAUCAUCAUCCAAGUCUGAAGGCUCUCCAUCUCAGCGCCUGGAAAAUGCAGCGAAAAAGCCUGAAGAUAAAAAAGAAGUUUUGAGACCUCUCAAGCCUGCUGGCGAAGUGGACCUGACAGCACUGGCCAAAGAGCUCCGGGCAGUGGAGGAUGUGCGGCCACCACACAAGGUGACGGACUACUCCUCCUCCAGCGAGGAGUCGGGAACGACGGACGAGGAGGACGAUGAUGUGGAGCAGGAGGGGGCCGAGGAGCCCACCUCUGGACCCGAGGACACCAGAGCCGCGUCAUCUCUGAAUUUGAGCAACGGGGAAACGGAGUCCGUGAAGACCAUGAUCGUCCACGACGAUGUGGAAAGUGAACCGGCCGUGACCCCGUCCAAGGAGGGCACGCUGAUCGUGCGCCAGAGUGCAGUUGACCAAAAGCGCGCCAGCCAUCAUGAGAGCAAUGGCUUUGCCGGUCGCAUUCACCUCUUGCCAGAUCUCUUACAGCAAAGCCAUUCCUCCUCCACUUCCUCCACCUCCUCCUCCCCAUCCUCCAGCCAGCCGACACCCACCAUGUCCCCACAGACACCCCAGGACAAGCUCACUACUAAUGAGACUCAGUCCGCUAGUAGCACCCUCCAGAAACACAAAUCUUCCUCCUCCUUUACACCUUUUAUAGACCCCAGAUUACUACAGAUUUCUCCGUCUAGUGGGACAACAGUGACUUCUGUGGUGGGAUUUUCCUGUGAUGGAAUGCGGCCGGAGGCCAUAAGGCAAGAUCCCACCCGGAAGGGCUCAGUGGUCAAUGUGAAUCCCACCAACACUCGGCCACAGAGUGACACCCCGGAGAUUCGCAAAUACAAGAAGAGGUUUAAUUCCGAGAUUCUGUGUGCCGCCCUCUGGGGAGUGAACUUGCUGGUGGGUACAGAGAGUGGCCUGAUGCUGCUGGACAGAAGUGGCCAAGGGAAGGUGUAUCCUCUGAUUAACCGAAGACGAUUUCAACAAAUGGACGUCCUGGAAGGCUUGAAUGUCUUGGUGACAAUAUCUGGCAAAAAGGAUAAGUUACGUGUCUACUAUCUGUCAUGGUUAAGAAAUAAAAUACUGCACAAUGAUCCAGAAGUUGAGAAGAAGCAGGGCUGGACCACUGUGGGGGAUCUGGAAGGAUGCGUUCACUACAAAGUUGUAAAAUAUGAAAGAAUCAAGUUUCUGGUAAUUGCUUUGAAGAGUUCAGUAGAAGUCUAUGCGUGGGCACCCAAGCCAUACCACAAAUUUAUGGCCUUUAAGUCAUUUGGAGAAUUGGUGCAUAAGCCAUUACUGGUGGAUCUCACUGUUGAGGAAGGCCAGAGGUUGAAAGUAAUCUAUGGGUCCUGUGCUGGAUUCCAUGCUGUUGAUGUGGAUUCAGGAUCAGUCUAUGACAUUUAUCUACCCACACACGUAAGAAAGAACCCACACUCUAUGAUCCAAUGUAGCAUCAAACCCCACGCAAUCAUUAUCCUCCCUAAUACGGACGGAAUGGAGCUUCUGGUGUGCUACGAAGACGAAGGGGUUUACGUGAAUACCUACGGGCGGAUCACCAAGGAUGUGGUCCUGCAGUGGGGAGAGAUGCCAACCUCUGUAGCAUAUAUUCGAUCCAAUCAGACGAUGGGCUGGGGAGAGAAGGCCAUAGAGAUCCGGUCUGUGGAAACUGGCCACUUGGACGGUGUGUUUAUGCACAAAAGGGCUCAGAGACUGAAAUUCUUAUGCGAACGCAAUGACAAGGUGUUCUUUGCCUCGGUCCGCUCUGGGGGCAGCAGCCAGGUGUACUUCAUGACGCUGGGCAGGACCUCUCUCCUGAGCUGGUAGGCGUGGCGGCAGUGGCGAGGCCGGCCCCCCGGGUCCUCAAGAUGGAGAACUUGGAAUUCCUGGCAACUGGAGCCCGGAGCGCCCGGCGCCCAGGACGCGCUCGGACACCGCGGGCGGGGUCGCCCCCUCUCGCCCGCUCUGACCAGCCCCCCCAUUCUCCUCCCUUCCUGUCCGAAAUAAAUCGAGGCUGCCACGCAGCUGGUGCUGUUGUGACUCUCCCGUCAGGUGCUAUCAAUGUUUGGGAUCGAGCAUCGGGCAGAGCGGACGCCUCCCUCCCGCUCCAGGAUCCCGUGUCCCAGUGACUCUGCCCGUGGUGUCUGCCGGUGGAGACGGGACGCGCGGGCGGGGUGGAAGUGAGGGCCGCGGGUGUACAGGGCGCUCUGACGAGCAGUUCGCCGAAGCGGAGAGCAGAUUUAAUAUAGUAACAUUAACAAUGUAUUUAAUUGACAUUUCUUUUUUUUUGUAAUGUGACGAUAUGUGGACAAAGAAGAAGGUGCAGGUUUAAGAAGUUAAUAUUUAUAAAAUGUGAAAGACACACUAGGAUAACUUUUUUGUGGGUGGGGCUUGGGAGGCGGGGUGGGUUAGGGACCCAUUUGGUUUCUUGGGAAUCUUUUUUUUUUUUUUUCUCUUCCUCUGGGCCAAGAACUCAGUCUUUUUUCUUUUCUUUUUUUUUUCCCCCCAGUGUACCAGGUUUUGCCUAAAUCAUGUUCAGGUGAUUCUUUAAAAAAAAAAAAGAAAAAAAAGAAAAAGAGAGGGUGUGCAUUUAUUUGAAUCCUGGCCAGAACCUUGUUGUGUAACAGUAUUAGCAUUGCCUCAGUCAAAGGUUUAAUUUUUGUUUAAACCUAGAAGUGCAACAGCAGUUUCACCACCGUCUGCACUUGCGGAGGGGAAAAAUUGUUUUCAACCACGUGUUUUAUUUUUUUUGCCUACCUCAUUGUUUUUAAUGCAUUUAAGAGGUGGUUUAGUAUAUGUUUUUGGAGGGAAAACAUUAAUGCUUAAUUUAAUCUUAAUACCAAAACUAUCUGAUUGAAGUCUGACUGUUAUUUUGUCACAGGUCUCAGUUAGGCACAAGAGAAAUUGUCCUUGAAGAAGGGGAACAGCCAAAAGGCUUGUCAUGCUGUCUGGUGCGUCUGCUUUCUGAGCUGAGGCAGAUGGCUCCGUUUCCACCAGAUUCAGCCGUAGUGGUUGACGGGUGGCCAUCGCCCACGGCACAAGAGGCCUCACUGUUGUCACCUCGGUGUUGCAGACAGGUGGUCGUGUGGGGACACCCCCAUGAACUGUUAACAGUGUUGCCAGAACCUUUCCUUGGGGCAGGGGUAUGUCCCUUUUCUAAAAAUGCAAUGCACUAAAACAAUUUUAAGAAUGUAGUUAAUACUGCUCGUUCAUAAGAAAGCAUCUUCCUGUGUUUUGCAAGGUGUGAUAUUGAAGCCCUGGCUCUUCCUGUUCUCUCCCUUGCUCUCUCAUUCUCUCCCUGUUUUUUAAACAAGUUUUUCUUUAUGAAUAUGUUCAUGACAUUUGUAAUAAAUGUCUUGGGUAAUAAUUGGUUUCACUGGCUUCUGGUCACUCACUUCCUCGGAGGAUGUUAAUCUCUUGGUAAAGGGGCAGUGCCUGGCCUCGUGGCUCUACCAUCUGCCCACCCUUCCUCUCCUUGAAUUCUGAUGAGAAUGCUGCGUUCACAAAACUAAAGCUCGGAGUUUCAUGGGAAUAAUCCUCAUCUGUGGUGAAUUUUCUCUUAUAACCUGAAAAUGGAGGUUUUCCUUCCACCAUACAGUGAUCACUGGCACCUGUUUGCCGAGGCCCGGCCUGGCAUUCGUGUCCCAUUUGGCAUCUGCUAUGACUCGUCAUUCUCUUUCUUCUGGGUCAGCAUAUUUGCCAGAGGCUCUCCUUUGAAUUACAGAAACCUAGUGAAAAGAACAGAAACUCAGAGAUGCAGAAAUAGCAGCUGGCCUCAGGCCCCCACCAGGACAGGCUGUUUUGAAAGGACGAGCUGGGUAGAUGGGUUUUCUGUGCGUGUGACUUUGGCUUAGUGCGAUGUCCAGAGCAGAAAGAGCUCGUUCUUUCCCAUUGGUUCGUACUUAACGUAGAGGAAAUUGGGGAGCUCCUCCCACUUGGGAGGGGCUCGAGAAGGGCAGAUUCCGUCACCAGAGGACUGCUGUCAUUGUCACGUUGCUGCCAGCUCUUGACCUAAGAUGAAAUGCACCAUAGUGAUCACGUGAGCCAGGAGGAGAAAGGGGCGUAUCAGUUGUCGCCCCACGCGUGGCUUUGGUGAAAGGUAAAAGUUGGGUAGGUGUCUUUGAAAAAAUACUAAGCUGCUGAUACUGACACAGAAGAGGUGAAAAAAAAAAAAAAAGGAUGAGGCCCCAUGGUCCUGAUAAUCCAGACUUGACAUGCACUCAGUGUCUGUAAGGCCAGGGCUGUGACCCACACAGAUGGCGCCAGUGGUGUUUCCUUGGAAUCGCUGAGUACCAAGAACUUGUCAGAAACCAGACGCCCCUUCGAGGUGAGGGGUCGGUCCCGGCUCAGGUCAGAGCGCCCAGCCCUCUGGGGUUGGAGGUGGACGUGACAGAGUCCGUGCCUGGGCUUAGCUGACUGGGGCCAGCGGCCUCUGGUCCCUGUGGGGUGGUUUCUGGCUCUCCUUCCCUUCGUGGCCUCGCCGCCUUGUGAACCAGACUGUGUUGCUACAGCAUGAAGCAGGUGCCUGGUGGGUUUCUCCACAGAAGAGGGUGAGCUGUCGCAGUUUCAUCCUUCUGGAGAAAGGGAAUGUCGUUUUCCUUUAGCAGGGUAGUGAUGUCACAGAAGUGCCAAGAUGGCAGAGUUACAGUUGAAAAUAGGGGAGUUCCCAUCAUGGUGCAGCGGAAAUUAAUCUGACUAGGAGCCAUGAGGUGGCGGGUUCGAUCCCUGGCCUCACUCAGUGAGUUAAGGAUCCCAAGUUGCUGUGGCUGUGGUGUAGGCCAGCGGCUAUAGGUCAGAUUGGACCCCUAGCCAGGGAACCUCCAUAUGCCAUGGGUGCAGCCCUAAAAAGCAGGAAAAAAAAAGGGGAGAGAGAAAAUAGUAUUACAAUGAUAACAUUAAAUACAGAACAUUAAGAACUAUGACAGCAGUGCUCUUCAAAAUACCAGUAUGGCUCUAGGUUUAGUCAAAGCUUUAAUAAAUGAUACUUUUCUGUAUUUAAAUUGGACUCUGUAUUGAGUUCACUGUUUUUACGUUUUCUCAUGCACGUUACGUUGAAGAAAAUGUUUACAAAGGGCAGUUUUGUUACACUAAUGUGCAUCACGUAUUUAUGGUUUAUUUUUAAAUGGUUUUUUAUGGGUUAUUUAGGUUUUUGUCUUACUAGUCCAUUUACAGUGAUUCAUAAUCCCUAAUUUUGCCAAUUAUAAAUUUGCUAAACAAUAAUGCAAAUGACAAGCUGCAUUAAAUUUACUAAUCAGAGCUGCAAAGCAGACCAGUGGCAAGUCCACACAGCCUUCUCUGUUUUCAGUGCUAACUUGUUUUCUCUGUAUUAUGAAAAUUACUGUUGUCCCUCUUCUCCCUUUUUUUGUCCUCAAAUAAAGUAAAGAUAACACCUA